GGACAGUAGGAGAACACAGUCGGAGACAAACAGAAGGUGGAGGUCGCCAGUGCGUACACACACAGACAGAUAGAUAGACAUACACACAGAUACAGAGGCACACACACACACAGAUAGACAGACAUACACACAGAUACGGAGGCACACACACACACAGAUAGACAGACAUACACACAGAUACAGAGGCACACACACACCAAGACACACACUGACUGAUAGACACCAAGACACACACAAACGCAUACACCGACAGACACCGAGACACACACACACACACACAAAGACACACAUACACAGAGACAGAGACACACACACACAGACACCAAGACACACACUGAGACACACACACACAGACAGAUACCAAGACACACACACACAUAGACACAGACACAGACACACAGACACCCAGACACACACUCACACCCAAACAGACACACACACACAGGCACAGACAGAUACCGAGACACACACAGACACAGACACACACUCACUGAGACACACACAGACACAGACAGAUACCGAGACACACAGACACACACACACACACACCCACACACUCACACACACAGACACAGACAGAUACCGAGACACACAUACACACACACACAUACACACCCAGACACACACUCACACACACAGACACAGACAGAUACCGAGACACACACACACACACACACACCCAGACACACACUCACACACACAGACACAGACAGAGUCCAGGCGGCGCCAUUUCUUCCUGAACGUUGAGAUUCUGCACAAAGAAAGUGUUUGCUCCGUCGCUGUCGAGGAGGAGCGACCAGGACGCUCAACCCGAGUGGGGCCGGCGGACGGCAGCCGGGGGACGCUGGACGGGGGACGGGGGACCUCUGAGGGUCUUUCUGGAGGAGGCCCGCUCCCGCGCGAGAGGAAGCUUCUGGAAGGGGCUGGAAUGAGCCGGCCCCAGCCGGCACAGGGAGCCUGCCCUCGGUGUCAGCGGUGAGGCCGAGCCCCAGGCGGCGGUGAGGCCUAGGCCCGGGCCCCGGGGUCACUCCGGGGAAUAACAGCCCGAGGGGGAGGGGGACAAAGACCGAGACCAAUCCGAACCCUUCCCCCCCUCACACUCCCCCCCCCCGGGUUGUGCAGGGGGUCGGUGUCGGGGUGUCCCGCCCCCGGUGCUCACUGUCCCCCAGCCCCGGGCCCGGAGUGAGGGGCCAUGCCGGCCAAGGGGCUCUCUCCCGCGGGGGAGCAGCGCAGGGAGCGGUCCCGGGAGGCGGCGAGGAGCCGCAGGGGGAGGGAGACCGAGCUCCUGUACCAGCUCGCCCAGCAGCUGCCCCUGGGCCCCGGCGUCCGCUCACACCUCGACAAGGCGGCCGUCAUGAGGCUCACCCUCAGCUACCUGCACCUCCGGGGGCUGCUCCACAGCGCAAGGGCAGACCGAGCUGACGGGGAUGGUCAGUUCGAUGGGUUUUCUCUGCGAGCCCUCGAUGGGUUUGUGAUGGUGCUGACUGCGGAAGGAGACAUUGUUUAUUUGUCGGAGAAUGUCAGCCAGUACCUCGGACUGAGCCAGUUGGAUCUGAUUGGACACAGUGUGUUUGAUUUUGUUCACCCGUGCGACGAAGAGGAACUGAAGGAUCUUGUGACCCCCCACCACGCACCCUUGCUAAAGCAGGAGGUCCAGACAGAGAGAGAUUUUUUCCUGAGGAUGAAAUCCACUCUGACCAGCCGAGGGCGGACGGUCGCUGUCAAGUCAGCGAGUUGGAAAGUGCUGCACUGUACGGGGCACAUGAAGAGAUGUGUGUUUCCUGACAGCGGAUUCCCAGAUUCCCCAAAGACCUUCCUGGUGAUGAUCUGUGAACCGAUCCCACACCCAUCCAACAUUGAGAUCUCCCUGGACAACAAAACCUUCCUGAGUCAGCACAGCUUAGACAUGAAGUUCACUUACUGUGACCAAAAAAUCACUGAUCUGAUUGGUUAUCAGCCAAAGGCAAUGCUUGGUCACACCUCGUAUGAGUUCUACCAUUCCCUCGACGCCAAUCACAUGACCAAGACGCACCGUAUCUUGCUGAGUAAGGGGCAGGUGAUUUCUCCCCAGUACCGUUUCCUGGCGCGGUCUGGGGGUUACGUUUGGCUGCGAACUCAGGCCAGUACCAUCUCCAGCAGCAAGAGUAACCAGCCUCAGUCGAUCAUCUGCAUCAACUCCGUGCUCAGCAAUGUGAUGGAGGAGUCAGUCACCUUCUCCUUGGGUCAGACCAGGCUCCUGACUCCUGACGCCGAUCCCGAGAAUGGCCAGCGCCUCCUGAGCCAGUGGGAGGAGAAUCCCAAGAAGUCGGAUGAGCUGGGCCCUGCUCCUGGAGACAGCGUCGUUUCCCUGGACUUGGCAGGUCAAAGGGAUACGAAAGCGUUUCACUUCACCAGAAGGCUCCCAGAUGAUGGCCAGGCCCCUCUGAGCCCGGAGGAUUUCUGCAGCCCCGCUCUCUGUAAACUCCUGUCCCCAAUCUUUAAUGGUCUGGAGAUGAGCUCCAGCACGGACUCCAAACCACUCAGCAAGCAGCCGGAGAGAACGACAGAGGACCCAGACACACCAGGGGUUACACUGCCCAAACCGGGCAGCUCUCAGACAGCCGGCGUGAACAUUGAGGAGUCUGAGAAAAAUCUGCUCACAGCCGAUACCAAAGCUCUGCAAGCCAAAACAACCCAGGAGGCGAUGGAGUUGGAUCUGGAGAUGUUAGCGCCCUACAUCUCCAUGGAGGAGGACUUCCAGCUGAACAGCCUCGAGUGCGCUGAAGAUAAGGACGGACAGGCCUGUGCUGACAUUCACCCAGAGCCCCGCGGAAGGAGCGCCAGAGCGACGGAAUCUAGAAGUUUCUCUGGGAGCCUGACCGAGCCAAGGAACCCCGGCCCCGCCAGCAGCCGCCCCCGGUCCUGCAGCUUCCACGGGGUGCGGCCCAGUGUGCAGGACCAUCCUCAGAGAGAGGGCGACUCAGCCCACCCAGAGGGAAACUCUGCUGCUCUACAACGUUCCUGCAGCGUGACCAAUCUCAGCAUGGCCCCAGGCCCAGGCCCAGACCCAGCCCCAGGCCAGGCCCCGGCCUCUGGUUACUGCACACUCGCUUUCGGAGGACCAGCAUUCACUGUAGCUGUGAAGAACGUCCUCCUGGCUUUAUUCCAGCCCCAGACCACUGAGGCCAAAGUUCAAACUCCCAGCAGCAAAGGUCAAGAAGCAACAUCCGCAGGCGCUGCCCAGGGCCUGGAGCCGAGUGAUCUCCUGGACACUGCUGGACUCAGCGGAGAAUCAGCCCAGCACGCGCUGUCCAAACAGAGGUCGCAGCGUGACUCAGAGUUCAGGAGAAACCUCGGGCAGCUCAGUCCCCAGAUUCUGGACCUUCGUAACCUCAAAAGGAAACACUCUCUGCUGGUCGGGAACUUGCAGGAUUCCAAUUUGGAUGUUUCGAGUGUGGCUGACAUUGUCCAAGUUACAGCAAAGCGUUUGAAAAGUCUGGAGACUCAGCAAGCUGAAACGCAGACAGAGACUGUGCCGUCUGGGACACCAAUGACGCUGACCAUGCAGUUACUUGGGAAGGAGGUGCCUGCUCCCCCAGAGCUGACCCGUUAUGACUGUGAAGUGAAUGCUCCAUUACCGGAAGAGACCGUCUCUUGCAGGGCCCGGACUUACUGAGAGCCCUGGAUCAAUCCUCCUGAGCUCCCUCACUGAACCUAGAGCUGGAGGGGGGGCUCUGCACUGACCUGCCCGAGGGGGAGGGAGAGGGGGUGGACAGUCAGUAUUGUGCCCUGAAGGAACAGUCAGCAUUCCCCAUGGAGCUGAGAACUUUGUGAAUAUGGAAAACAGAGGGAAUCUCUCCCCCUCGCUCAUUAAAAUCCAACUUUUGUCCAUCGGAAAUGAAGUGAAAUCUAACCAGUUUGAUCAGUUGUAUCCCAUCCCCACCCUCCCCCCAGUUCACCAGCUCUGCAACCCCCUCCCCUAACAUAGUCUGACAGCUCUCCCCAAUCAUUAGCCCAAGGGUGGGUUUGGACUGAGGAUUGAGUGGGAGUUUCUCGGUUUCUCACAGAUAGCUACCUCCCCAUUCUGCCCUGGUCAAUCCCGAAUGUGACUGUUUAGUUCAGGAAUAAACCAAGGACUGUCCUUCCUUCCCUGAAAUCCACCUGAAGGUCUCUCAUUCUCCAUCUAUCUAUGUGUCUCUCCUCCUCUAAUCAUCUGUCUAUCCAUCCAUUCUCUGUCUCUGUCUCUCCAUCUGCUCAUCUGUAUCUCUGCCAUCUCUCUCUGUCCCACAGUCAUUUUAUCUGUUUCUCACUCUGUUACCUUUGUGUGUAUCUCUUUUUUAUUCAUACCUGUCUGUCAUCUGCCUAUUAUCUGUCACCGUUAGUCUAUCUCUCAGUCUCUGACAGUUUCUCUCUCUCUAUAAUCUUUAUUUCUCUACAUGUGACCGUAUCAGAAUCAUUCUCUGUCUCUCAGUAGUCUUUGUAUAUCUUUAUCAAAAAGUGUGGUCAGGCAGCAUCCAAGGAGCAGGAGAGUCCACGUUUCAGGCAUAAGUCUUUCAUCGUGUAUAUCUGUGUCAGCUAGUAUCUGUCUCUCAACUAUAUGACAGUCGGUUUCUGUCUCUAUAUAAUCUUUCUGGCUUUGUAUCUGUCAGUCUUCGGUCUCUUUGUUCUAUGCCUGUCCAUCUCUUCCCUAUCCCUGCAGAGUUGCAUUGGAAGUAGACAUCAACAUAACUAGUUUCAACUUGUAGGAAGGAACCGACCAGGAACGUGAGAGAAAAUUCUCUGAAACAGCCAAGUUCUGUUGCAAAUGUACCAAACAUUUCACUUUGAAAAAUCCUUCUCUUUAAAUGAAACAUGAUUCUAAGCUCCAAGGGUUUCAUUCUGAACAGAUUUCAGCACGGUGGCUCAGUGGUUAGCCAGGGACCAGGUUCGAUUCCAGCCUCGGGUGACUGUCUGGGUGGAGUUUGCACACUCUCCCCAUGUCUGUGUGGGUUUCCUCCCACUGUCCAAAGAUGUGCAGGUUAGGAUGGAUUGGCCAUUGGAAAUUGCCCAUAGUCUGCAGGGUUAUAGGGUGGGGGGUUAGUCUCUUCAGAUCGUUGGUGUGGACAUGCUGGGCCGAAUGGCCUGUUCCCACACUGUAGGGAUUCUAUGGAUUCAUGUGAGAAUGAAACCAGUUCCCUAAAUUUGGGCGUCACUUAUUCGCUGUCUCUGUGCAUGGGCUAUUAUGUACCAAGAUAAUGUAGCCACACUCAUCGUCCCGGAGACCGCCCUCUCACAGAGACCCUGCUCUUGAGCCCGUUUACGGCAGGAUUGCAACUGUGGAGAAACUCCCUCAUCUAAAAGGUUCCUGCUGCCACAACGCAGCAGGCAGCCCGUGUGUGUCUGAGGGAACAGAUAUUGAUUCACUCUGUCAUCUGUCCUGGCACAAUAUCUCCGAGGAACGUGAGAGAAGAAAAUAAAUCAGUAAGGACCUGCUUCCUGUCCUAGCUCCUGAUGGGUCUCUCACCGACCCAGAUCCUAAACUCUUUGUAUCUCCUUCCUCCUUUUGCAGGAUCUUGUGAAAACCUACCUCUUUGACCAAGCUUUUGUUUGAACAUCACCACCUGUGAUUUCGGUAACGCUCCCGGGGAGCACCUCGGCCUGUUUAAGGUGCUAUAUAAAUACAGUUUGUCAUAAUAAAUCUCUGUAGUGCCCCCUCCGCUCAGGGGGAAAUCCACUCAGGAAAAUAGGAUCUUCUCUGAGACAGAGGGGUAAGGGUCACACAGUGACAACAUGUGUUCACCUUUCAGUCACUGGUCUCUGACUAUAAUCACAGAGCAAUGCAUUUCACAAACAGCCUCAAACAGGGCAGGGGAUUGACUGGAAGUUUCACUUCUUCCUGAACUCCACAACUUUGGGCUCAAUACUGACCAGAUCAACCAAACUUACUGCCCGGGUUAUAGGGGUGUGUCAUAGUCACACACACACCACCCCCCCCAACCUGUUCACUAAAUCCUCGAACACACAGUAAGGAGCAGAGGAACACAUUAGUCAAUUGCUUCCCUGUUAAAAUACAGAGAGCCACUCACUGCAGGGCAAGCAAGGGAUAAAUCACUGACACAAGGACAGAAAUUGCUGGAAAAGCUCAGCAGGUCUGGCAGCUUCUGUGGAGAGAAAUCAGAGUUAAUGUUUCGGGUCCAAGUGACCCUUCCUCAGAACCUUCAUUGGGCCACUCGUUUGGACGUCAACCCCUCUUGAGAAGCACCUCGCAGUGUUUAAGGUGCUAUACAAAUGCAGUUUGCCAUUUCAAAUCCCUGCAGUUCCCAGAAUAUUCUGAGGAUGGAGCAUCGUUAACUGAUGCCCCUCCACAAAACCUGCCGAGCUUUUCCAGCAAUUUCUAUUACGUCUCUGCUUUAUGGCACCUGCAGUUCUUUUGGGUUUUAUCAGAGAAAUCAUUGGUGCAAUUUGUCAUGGUGCUACCGAGCUGGUCACCAAACCUUCACUGUGGUGCCGGCAUCUUCAGGAAUUAACAAGUUUCACUCUGGGUUCUACAGAGCCAGAGAGAAAAAUCACAGCGGCAUUAAAACACCCCCCACCCUCCACCCUCCUCAUUUAAUCUGAAGUUUUGUUUUGUUUGUUGAUUAUUUUUAGGAAUAUUAACGCUGGGUAAAGAGAUGCUUUAGACAAUGGGCAAGAAUAAUCUCAUGGGGUGAAGGGUCACCUUGUUGGUUGGGAGCUCUGUGUUUGGUGCAGGUACAGAGUUUGGGCGAUGGGAGCAUGGCCAACUCUCAAAGAAUUGCCAAGGUCUCGAGGGGGGCAAGGCAUCAGCAGAGAGAGAGAGAGCGCUGCCCAAGGAGCUCCCCGUGGCUACAGUGCCCAUGCUGGGACAGUUCUUGACAGGAUCAGCUCACUUCCUGCCACAUUCUCCGUUUCUCAGACACGCCAGUUGUGUACCUCUCCACCCCAGGGGCUUUGCUGAGCUGAUCUGUCCCUCUGAUCCAAGCCCGAGUUGUUCCUCGUCCUGUGAUUACACUGUGAUUGGUCAGAAUACAACCUGUGGCAGAAUCAGGAUGAAAUCACUACAACUAUCAGUUUGAAAUGUAAUCAUGUCGGGACUUUGUUAUUCUGGGAAAUAAAUAACCUUUAAUACUG